AUAAAUAAUUUUAUUUUCCUAUUUUACUCUGUAAGUAAAGGAUUCAGAUGGGAUUCAUGGCCCUCUAAUGGAAAAGUUAUGAUCUCUUUCUUCUUUUUCCAAUCUCUUCCCAUUUCAGCUAGCCAGCGCCUUUGUCUCCUGCCCUUCACCUGCCUGCUGACUCUGGCAGCAUCUUUUCCUGUCCUUGACAUACAAAACUUCUAUCUCUUCAAUGGCACACUGGAGGAUAUCAUGAACAUUCCCCUAGAGUCCUCCCAGCCUGAUCAUGGUGGCAAUCAUGUUCGACAGGUCAGAGACAUUGCCCCCCACCCACCGGCAGGCCACGGAUGGCCCAAGGACUGCAGCGAGAUCCCUGCUGGCAGCCGCAGCGGUGUCUACAUCAUCCAGCCAAAAGGGCUCCACCACCUUGUGGUGUACUGUGAAAUGAAUGUGACACAUGGGGGCUGGACGGUCAUCCAGAGGAACCAGAAAGACACAUCAGUCACCUGGGCCGAGUCCUGGAGCACCUACAAGUACGGCUUUGGGAAUGUGCGCAGUGAGUACUGGCUGGGCACUGAGUACAUCUAUCAGAUCGCCAAGCAGAAGGUCUACCAGGUCAGGUUUAUCAUCCAGGACUCUACAGACAACAUCAGUUUCGCAGACUACAACCUCUUCAGCCUGGAAGAUGAGUCCCACGGCUACCGGCUGAGGCUGGGCUCCUAUACAGGGACAGCGGGGGAUGCCAUGACCUCAGACAAUCCCAAGACCAUGCACGACAACAUGAAGUUCUCCACAAAGGAUCGGGAUCAGGACACUUACAGUAAAAACUGUGCCUACAGCUAUGAGGGUGGGUGGUGGUACUCUGCAUGCUAUUCUGUACGGGUGAAUUUCAAGGGUGGUAUGACAUGGGGCAACCUGUGCAAAGGGAACUGCAAGUCCUCCCUUAUCCUCAUCAAACCAGCUUCAUAUUGUUAG